UUUCUAUUUAUAGCAUCAGCUGUUGCAAUACAAAGAUUUGCUUUUCGACGUAUUGUCUCGCAGAUGUUGGGAGUACACCCCCAUCUGCUGCGAAAGGGCGGCGGUGCUUGGACGCCGAAAGAAACGGGGAUGAGGAGAGUCAUGUCGGCGUGAGUGCCGUGUCUUUGUGUCCACGGCAGCGGAGCUCGAGUGGCCAGGUGUGUCUCAUCAGCCACCUACUAGCCUACUUCCCACCUUAACCAACGCUGUCGAGGUAGCCAUGGCAACCAGUGCUGUGCCAAGUGACAACUUGCCAACGUACAAGCUGGUGGUGGUGGGGGAUGGUGGUGUUGGGAAGAGUGCCCUCACCAUCCAAUUCUUCCAGAAGAUCUUUGUGCCAGAUUAUGAUCCCACGAUAGAAGACUCAUAUCUAAAGCACACAGAGAUAGACGGGCAGUGGGCAAUACUGGAUGUGCUGGACACAGCGGGCCAGGAAGAGUUCAGUGCGAUGAGGGAGCAGUAUAUGAGGACAGGAGACGGCUUCCUCAUUGUCUUCUCUGUGACAGACAAAGCCAGCUUUGAACAUGUUGACCGAUUCCAUCAACUCAUACUACGGGUCAAAGACAGGGAGGCCUUCCCCAUGGUGUUGGUGGCAAACAAGGUCGACCUGGUCCAUCUUAGAAAGGUCACCAAUGACCAGGGCCAGGAGAUGGCUGCAAAACAUAAUAUAACGUAUAUCGAAACCAGUGCUAAGGAUCCUCCAAUGAAUGUGGACAAAGCCUUUCAUGAGCUGGUCCGCGUUAUACGACAGCAGAUCCCCGAGCGGAACCAGAAGAAGAAAAAGAAGAUGAAGUGGAGAGCAGAACGUUCCACAGGAUCCCACAGGUUCCACUGUGCCAUAUUGUGACCUUGCUCGUCCUCUUUUAUCAUUCUCAACAUACAGUGCACACACCCACACACCUUUGGAUGUCAGGGAACUCCCCAGCAGUGGUUAGCUACUGGAGCACAAAAGGGAGGGAGGGGGGUUAUCGAUGAACGGCUGAUGGAUUCAGAGGGACCAGAAGGACACAUGAAUCCGUCAUUUCGGACUGAUGUCCCCUCAGCGCCUCACAAUGCCUUGGAACGAGGGACGUGUCCUCUUCUCCUCAGUUUAUGGUCCACCUCUGAAGAUCUAUGGAUCCCUUCCAUCAGCAGAGAAGAUUAGUGUCACUGAACUGUUUCUCAAUCAAGUGUAAUUUUUGAAUUUGUUCUCAAUUCAUUAUCAAAUAUUGCACAAGACGUCAGACUCUAACAUUAGAACCACCUUGAUAACAUGGACUUUUGUCUUGACAAAGGGAAGUAAAAGGGAGGAACUGGCUCACACAUUGGCAUCUUUUAUUUUAUCGACCUUCAACAACCUGCUGGUCAUCACCUUCCUGUCCUCACACUUCUACAGUCUCUUGGAGAAAAGCACCUGUGUGGUCUGUGAAUAGCUCUUUGUGUUAGUGGACAUCACAGUGGCGUAGUGAAUGGGGUACGGGAGCGGUGACGGCGAUCUAUAUUCGUAGUAAAUAAAAUAGGUGUUGUGUGGUGUUGUCGAUGAGUGAACUGCCAGUUCUGUGAGUAUAGCGUGUACCUCGUGGUCAUGUGACGCCCCGGCUUGGAGAUGUCAGUUCAGAGAGGGUGAGAGGACGUGUCGUAGCAAGUGAAAGAAACGCGCGAGAGACGUGAGGCGGAGCGAAGUGGCUCGUAGAGACUUGACAGGUGAUCGCUAUGGCCAUAUCGACUUGUUUUAAUGUGUUUAAAUAUAAUAAUUGUAAAGGAGAGUAAGACUGGUCAGUGUAGGUGGUUCUCCUUCAACAUAACAGGGUUUGUAUCGCAGCCAUGUUUACAGAAACUCGUAUAUAAAGGAUUAUUUUCCCAUAAAUACAGACAGUAGUCAGUCGGAGCAACUCUGGGUCUAGCUUUCCUCCGCAGUCAUUUUCAGUGGCAUGAUGUGUGCAGUCUUCAUCACUACUGUAUGAACAAUAGCCUUGGAAAGUACAACGGGGUCCAAAAGUCUUUCUCAUUCAAGUGACUGGGAGAAUGGGAAAGUUGCUUAUAUGUAUACUUUCCAUGUUUUUUUGUGUAUCAAAGAUAGACAUAAUUGUAUAACUAUAUUUGUGAUAUAAAAAUUUAAUUAUCGGUGGCAAUGUGAACUAAUUCAAUGCUGUUUUACAAAGGAUCUGUCGGGGGCAAAAAAUCCUAAUGACGUAGAAUAGGCGAGGAUAUAAUGAGAGCUUCGUGUUUCAGAGGUGAAACAGGCUGGAGAAGCUGAUUUGCACUGGCCGCUAACCAAAAUAAUGUGAUGUCACUUUAUUUCAAUCUAGGGGCUUUUUCAGACGGCACCACUGAAGUCAGGACCAUGUGCUGUAACAGGCCCAGUAAAGGACAACACUCUAUCAGAUUGGGGAUGUACUGUUCUCGCAGUAUAUAACGUAGUAGCCCUAGGAACACAUCAGAGUGUGAGAGCCUUUCUCAACAGGCAGGUGUGAUGCUCCGAGGGCUUAAAAGCCAUGUUAACUGAGCUAUAGAGUCUGUUUAGUUGCAGGAAAAACCACACACACACACACACACACGUGAAGCGACAAAACAUUCAGUAUAUUCGUGUCUGUAGUCGUGGGGAGGAUGGGAAUGUACAGAUAAAUAACCUAUGAAAUGGCUUGUACUGUUAACGCACUAAAGUUUCAGUGGACUACUUUUUUUGUCUGGGUGAAAACUGUCUCUUGAAGGAUUACAUUUUUGCACUUUUAAUACAAUUUCUGACUUUCCUAUUGGCAUGUUGUUUUUCUGUUCAAACCUGUAAGUGACAUGAAAGGCACGUUCAAAAUGAUUUGAAUGUAUAUCAAGAAAAAAAAAAAGAAUAACAAAGAAGCAAAUUAGUCCCCGUGUGCCUGCAUAUGCCUGUUGCUUUGGCGAUGAUUGUAACAGAGACAAAAUGAGUCAGAAUCAAAUCGUGUGAAAAGCAAGAAGGUCAUGUGAGAAGCUCAGAUAAUAUCGUACGGUAUACAACUUCACCUCAGCAUGAAAGUGGAAAAUCCACCAUAGCAAAAGACGGAGAACAGUAACAACCUGCAUCUACUGUUAAAGGGACCUUGCAAACAAGAAGGACUAAAAAACAUUGAUGUACUGAGCAUAGAACGGUGACGCAACACACUCUGGAUCAUGGGGAAGAAAAAAUGAAGUACAAAAAAAAGUGUUUGAUGAAAAUGUUGCAUCAUGUAUGUUUGAUACCUUUUUGUAUUAUUGAUAUGAAUUAUUGAUAUGAUUCUUGCAAAGUGUUUUUUUUUUUUUUUUUUUUUUUUUAAACAACUGAAUAAUUUAUUACUGUCUACGUUACCUCAGCGUGUCCCAGACCUGGACAAAAAAAAAGAAAGAAAAACAACAUAAACUCCCCUUUAUUUUUCUUAUUUGAUUCCCCAUAUAAGAGACUGCUAAUAUGUUGUUGACCAAAAAAAUUACUUUUAUUGCAGCUCAUGUGGAUGAUUUCCCCAUGAGAAUGUAACUCCAAUGACCAAAAGGGACAAUAAAAUCAGACUUUUAACUAUGUUUCAUUGUUCAAUGUAAAAAAAAAAAAUACACUUGUGUCAACAAAGCAGAUAAGCAUAAUACACCUUUGUCCUAUAGGUGUCAUCAUGGUUGGUACAAGUGAACCUGCUGAUUGGAUGCACAGUUUUAUAUACGAUCAAUUAUUCCACCCUGGAUUAUAUGUGAGCUUAUGAUUGAGCACUUUUGUUUUACAGUGACUGGAGAGACUGUGUUAUUUCUUUCCAAAUAGCUCAUCAAGUAUUGCUGAUUUGAGUUGUGUAUACCUUCAAACGUCAAGGCCGUGUAAUUUGGACUUUUCACAGCCGUUGUGUAAUGUGUGUUUUUGGACAGGUCUGUUGUGUUCUAACUGGCUGUGUCAGACUGAGGAGCUAGACGAGGCACAAACAAACUGUGGCCUUUUUAAUCUAGCCUCAGGGUUCGACUUUAUUUCAAUAAAAAAAAUUAAAACACUUA